AUGAAUUCAUCACAACAAAUUCAGUCUGACAAGUCCAUGAAUCGAUGUGGCAGUUUCCACGAUUUAUUAGGAAUUGAGGACAAUUUUGAUGGUAAUGAAAAACAUGAAUUUUCUAAUGGUGCCGCAGCAAGUAGUAGCAACAGCGGAAUUGGUGCAGUUAAUCCUUUUGCUUCCCCCACUCAGCCUAAUGAUGAACAGUUACAACAGCUUGGAUUCGAACGAUAUUUUUCAGACCAAUUGCUUCACAUUGAGAAUGGUGAUGGCAUGUCUGGGGAGGAAACGUCACAACUGAAAAUUUUAGUAUGGGCUCAAUGGCAGCUCUUAUCGGAUGCAGAAAAGAAGAAAUAUAUUGACCUUUCACUCAAUGGUGACAUGACAGAGACAUCAUAUAUUGCUUCGUCACAACCACAACAAUCACAACUACCAAUACGUAGAGAUUCCAAGAAUUCAAUGGAUGACACAACCACUACAGGAAGUAACAUGUUAUUGUAUCCACAACCUAAUGCCACUAUUGCAUCCACUCUCUCAAACAAUAAUUAUAACAGUAAGAAGAGACCAUCUGUAAAUGAAUAUGAGGAUAAUGAUAAUGGAGAGCAUCAAGAUAAUGCAUCGAAGAGAGCGGAUCUUUCAAAUCGAGUGAAGAAACCUAUCAGUGGUUACAACAGCUUUGUGAAGAGUGUGUUCCCUACGUUUCAAGAACAGUAUCCAGAUGUGGAUAAGAAACAAAUUACCAAAUUGAUAGGUCAAAAGUGGAAGUCAAUGAGCGAAGAGGAGAAAAAACCUUACUUGGAAAUUGCAAAACAAGCUCAACCAAUUGUCAAGAAACCACUCAAUGCUUAUAAUAUUUAUUGCAAGGAAAAGUAUUCACAAUUUAAAGCGGAGAAUCCCACGCUCCCACCCAAUGAGGUGAGUAGAAUGGUCGCUCAAUCAUGGAAGAAUGCUAGCAAGCAAGAGAAGCAAACCUAUUUUGAAAUGGCAGAUCAAUGGAAGAAGGAUCAUGGCAUGCAGGAAACAUCUGCUGCUAAUGGUCAUGAAGGAUCUUCCACCGACGAUUUAAAACCAAAAACAAAGAAGAAAAAGACGUAG